AAACCUUGUCCAAUACAAAGACUUGAUCCAUGGAUAAAUCUAGAAAUUUUUUGUCCCUUUUUCUCCGGAAAUCUCCAUUUUUCCCUUUUAGAAAACAUCAAACCACCGGCUGCCAUGCUCACACAGCUCAGCAGCACUCCGGAUUUUCCCACCUUAUUUUCCCUCGAACCAAACAAGCCGACAAAGGUGUAAAAACAACAGCAGCAGCAACAACACUUUCCAAAGAGAAAAUGGCUCAAGCUUUUUCAAGUGAAGAUUCUGACCCCUUUGGUUCACCGAAUAAAGAAAGCAGUCACCGUAAGAAGAACAAUGAUACGGACAGGGAGGCGGAUAAAAGAGAGAACCUUGACAACCCACAAGAACACGUGGCUCUGAAUCCAACUCGACAAGCGUUGGUCCUGAUGCACCAGAAGAUAUGAAAAAAGAUUUUGUGGAAC